CCUGAUGCCCCCCACGAAAAGCUACCAUUCACCAUCCACCACCCACCACUCACCACUCACCGCAACCAACGCAGCCAAUAGUACAUUCUUCAAACCCUGGCUCUCCGUCACGUUCUGCCCGCACUUUCCCAUCCUCUAGAAUCACCAGGCUAGGGUGUCGAGGGAAUAGCCAGGGACGAAGGACGAGGGCUGCGACUGACCUCUUUGACUCUUGACCUUUUACACACUACCACUACUGCAGCCGCGCUGCCAAUUUCAUCUUCGGUUUCUCCUGUAUCCUGCCGCCUGGACUGGGUCUCUCAAUUUCCUCUGUCUUGUCAUUGUCGCAGGCGAUGAAACAGUCCUCGACCACCUUGGUCCCCGCUGCCGCCAUCGCUUCCGUUCGGAGGACACCCUCUUCGCUUUUGUCCUGACUCCUGCGCCGCUGGUCGUCCUACCCUUUCUGGCUUGAGGCUACUUUCCGAUUCCGCUUGCUCACAGUCCGAUCCACAGGUGCUGCAAGAAAACGGGGAAAGAAGACACACGAGCAGGCGCCCUGUCUGAGAAAGAAACGUUUCUGAGCGCUUCGCAAAACUGAGGCGCUGCUGUUGUUGCUAAUCACGGCCGUUGAUACGUCAAGCUACAAUGACCAGGCUCAUCCGCACUGCCUUAUCUCACAGCCAGAUCGCUGUCUGGUGUCUCUUGCACGACUCUUGACGGCUUCUCCCACACCUAUCAGCUCGCAGAACUGCUAUGUUGUGUCUGGUCACGACGGGUACCUGUCCAAAGCCACCUGCUCUACCCAUAGAUUGGCCAGAACUCAACUCCCUGUCCGAUUGGGACGUCCAUGUCCGCGCCUCAGUCGGUAUCUGAGUCGGCUUUGGGUUUAACUCAAUCUGAACUUCAUCUCCUUCGACAUCACACACAGGUUCUGGCUCAAAGGAGUCAUCAAGGUGGCGGAAUGGCCGAUCGAGGCCGAGGCACUAGCAGACAAUCCCAGCCCAGUUCCCGUGCGGCCAGCGCGGCCAGCAGUCAAAGUGUGCCGGGAAGAAUUGUGCUGGAUCCGCACAGUCUGCAAAAUCUCUACUUGCACCUCGACAAUGUGCUGCGGACAAUUCAACGCCGCAUUGAACAGCUGGAGGAUGCUACAGAACAAUCAGUCUCGGCUUCGAGAGACAGAGCAGGUAACAUGGUGCGAGAUGCCGACUCGGAGAUACAAAGAAUGCGCCGAAUCCUAGCCGAGAUCGACGCCCUCGAGCAGGAGUUUGAGAAAAUCAAGCGAGUAAGAGACAAAGUCAAACAAUUAAGAAACAACGUCGAUGUCUUGAAUGAUCGGCUCGAUCGCAGCCGCCCCAGUGGCCACAGCUCUGGGACUCGCCCACGACGCUGAUGGUCUGUCCGAGUACGACAGACUACACAUAUACAACUCUACCGACCCAUCUCUCCGCAUCAUUAUGCAAGCCGACUCUCGUGCUUGCCCCACGAUACCCGGCCCGACGCUACAAGUUUGUUUUACAAGUCUAUUUCCCGGCGAAAACAGAGAUGGAAGCCUCACGGCUGGUCAUUGAUUCAUGAGAUUACGUCUGAUGAUUGUACGAGUAUUUCCCGCAAGUUGUUGUUUCAGGUCAAGGCAUGCAAAACUGGACAUUUGGCGUUGAAAGUGGUAUAAUGAUCAAACAUGAAUUUGUAGCCGGGCUCGUAUGACGAGCUUUGGUUAUCUGUUGGCGAACAAGUGCUAGAAGUGUCGUGGCUCACGCCGCAAAACAGACACCUUGGGCGAGGACAAGCUGAGAUUUGAUGUAGUUACGCCUGAACGGCAGA